GCCCCCCUGCGCUAGCAUCUUAGCUCCGGUGUUCCCAUGUGCUAGCUCCUGACCCAGUGAAUCUCCCCAGGCCUUUGGGGUCAGAGGGAUGGAGCAACUCUGGGAGGACGUCACCUGCUCCAUCUGCUUGGACGUGUUGAACGACCCCGUCUCCAUCGAGUGUGGCCACAACUUCUGCUGGGGCUGCCUCAUGGCUCAUUGGAGCCAGAUCUCAGCCCAGGGGCACCGCUGCCCAGAGUGCCGGGCUCCCUGCUCCAGGAAUAGGAUGAUCCCAGACACACGUGUCAAAAACAUGGUGGAGAAAAUCACCAAGCACCUGCAGGAAGAGCCGGAGCUGCAGGGGCCGGGGGCUCAGCCAGAGCGGGGGCACCCAGUGCAGCUGGUGCGUCUGGACGAGGAAGAGAACCUGAUCCUGGACGAGGAGGCCCUGAGCCGCUGCCUGGAGCAGGGUGGGGUGGGAAACAGCCCUGUCUGUGUGGUAUCCAUCGUCGGGGGGCAGCGCCGGGGCAAAUCCUUCCUGAUGAACUACCUGCUGCGCCGGCUCCGGAGCCCGCAGGACGCGAGGGACGGGUCGUGGAUGGGCCGGGAGGAUGAGCCCCUGGAGGGGUUCGAGUGGCGCGCGGACGAGGAGCGAGUCACCAAGGGGGUGUGGGCGUGGAGUCAGCCCAUCUGGGUCCCCACCCAGAGCGGGACGGUGGCCGUGCUGCUGGUCGACACCGAGGGCUCCAUGGGCAUUGAAAGGAAGAAGGAGACCAGCAUCAAACUCUCCGCCUUGUCCAUGCUGCUCAGCUCCUAUCAGAUACUGAAUAUUUCGAAUGAGGUGAACGAUGCGGAUCUUGAAUACCUGGAGAUGUUUGUGCGUGUGGCCGAAGAGGUGGGAGAAGCGUACAGACUGGAGCCCAUUCAGCAUCUAGACCUGCUGGUGCGGGAUUGGAGCAGCUCCCCGGUACUUGGAGCCAAGGGUGGGGAGCAGCAUCUGAAACACGUCCGAAAGGUGACUCUGGAGGUGAAGUCCCCUUGCAAACACCCCAAGGCCCUGGAAGCGCUGAAGAGAAGCAGCAGCCGCUGUUACCUGAUGCCCUUCCCUGGCAAGCGGAUCACGAUGGGGAGCGAGGGAAGGCUGAGAGACAUGGAUGAGGAUUUCCGGGAGAGCCUGAGGGACUACGUCACCGCCCUGGUGAGCACGGCGGGUCAACAUGUCCGGCUGGACCAGCAUGGGGGGAUGCUCACUGGGACACAGCUUGCUGUCAAGAUAAAGAAUUUAUCUGAUGUGAUGAAGAACCAUCGCUCCGGCUUCUCCUCUCCUUGUCAGAUGGCCAUCACCUUCCACAACCAGAGAGUCCUGGACAGGGCCAGCGCAGACCAUGCUGUGUUUCUGAGGGAGAAGGACGGCCUGUCCCGGCGCAUGGACGACUGUCUGACGGUGGAUCCGAGCGCAAUGGCGCAGCAGUUGGUGGAGCAGCGCAGGUCACUGCUGGAGCGGUGCCGGGAGGAGCUGCAGGAGCCGGAGGAGACCCUGCUGACGGCGCUAGGGGCGGAGCUGACUCGGGAGGCCGAGACCUUCCUGGAGACCUACCGAAGGCGCUAUCAGUGUCACACCACCAACCAGAGAGCCCUGGCCAGGGCCCGCGUAGCCCACGUUGAGUUUCUGCAGGAGAAGGACGGCCUGUCCCUGCGCAUGUUCGACUGUCUGAUGGUGGAUCCGAGGGCAAUGGCACAGCAGUUUGCGGAGCAGCGCAGGUCACUGCUGGAGCGGUGCCGGGAGGAGCUGCAGGAGCCGGAGGAGACCCUGCUGACGGCGCUAGGGGCGGAGCUGACUCGGGAGGCCGAGACCUUCCUGGAGACCUACCGAAGGCGCUAUCAGUGUCACACCACCAACCAGAGAGCCCUGGCCAGGGCCCGCGUAGCCCACGUUGAGUUUCUGCAGGAGAAGGACGGCCUGUCCCGGCGCAUGGUCGACUGUCUGACGGUGGAUCCGAGCGCAAUGGCGCAGCAGUUGGUGGAGAAGUGCAGGUCACUGCUGGGGCGGUGCCGGGAGGAGCUGCAGGAGCCGGAGGAGACCCUGCUGACGGCGCUAGGGGCGGAGCUGACUCGGGAGGCCGAGACCUUCCUGGAGACCUACCGAAGGCGCUAUCUGUGUCACACCAUGCAGAGAGCCCUGGACAGGGCCCGCGCAGACCACGCUGAGUUUCUGAAGGAGAAGGACGGCCUGUCCCAGCGCAUGGUCGACUGUCUGACGGUGGAUCCGAGCGCAAUGGCAGAGCAGUUCAAGGAGCAGCGCAGGUUGCUGCUGGGGCGGUCCUGGGAGGAGAUGAGGGAGCCAGAGAAGGAGACCCUGCUGACGGCCCUAGAGGCGGAGAUGACUCAGGAGGCUGAGACUUUCCUGGAGACCUACCGAAGGCGCUAUCAGCGUCACACCACCAACCAGAGAGCCAUGGACAGAGCCUGCAGAGACCACGCUGACUUUCUAAGGGAGAAGGAUGGCCUGUCCCAGCGCAUGGCCCACUGUCUGACGGUGGAUCCGAGCGCAAUGGCAGAGCAGCUGGUGGAGCAGCGCAGGUCACUGCUGGAGCGGUGCCGGGAGGAGAUGAAGGAGUCAGAGGAGACCCUGAUGAUGGCGCUAAAGGCGGAGCUGACUUGGGAGGCCGAGACCUUCCUUGGGACCUACCGAAGACGCUAUCAGAGUCACAACAUCAACAAGAGAGUCAUGGACAGAGCCCGCCAAGACCACGCUGACUUUCUGAGGGAGAAGGACGGCCUGUCCCAGCGCAUGGUCGAGUGUCUGAAGGUGACGCCGAGCGCAAUGGCGGAGCAGUUUGUGGAGCAGCGCAGGUCACUGCUGGAGCAGUGUUGGAAGGAGAUGAAGGAGCCGGAGGAGACCCUGCUGACGGCACUGGAAGCGGAGCUCACUCAGGAGGCCCAGACCUUCCUGGAGACCUACGGAGGGCGCUAUCAGUGUCAUGCCAACAACCAGAGAGCCAUGGACAGCGCCCGCCGAGACCACGCUGACUUUCUGAGGGAGAAGGAUGCCCUGUCCCAGCACAUGUUCAGCUGUCUGAGGGUGACGCCGAGCGCAAUGGCGGAGCAGUUCAUGGAGAAGCGCAGGUCACUGCUGGGGCGGUGCCGGGAGGAGAUGAAGGAGUCAGAUGAGAUGCUGCUGACGGCGCUAGAGGAGGAGCUGACUCGAGAGGCCGACAUCUUCCUGGAGACCUACAGAAAGCGCUAUCUGUGUCACUUAACCAAUCUGGGCCAGAAGUUGGGGCAGGGGCUGAUGUUGUUGUUUGCAGCGAAGUCAAGUUUUCAUCACUGAGGCUGCAGAGCUAAG